AUGGUCUCACGUGUCGGUGCCUGUCUCUUCAGUGCCCAGCUCAUUGUAGAUGCCCAGUUAUUUAUAGAAUGGUACAUUCUGCAAGCUGUACUGCUCUUGAACAAGAUGGAGGCCACUUUCUCAGACCCUCAUGCUCUGGCUUCAAGUGAACAAAACAAGGUCCUAAAAUUGGAUGCUCCUGGGGAUCAAGAAGCUAUCUUAAGAGGAGACGCUACUGACCCAGAGACUUCAAGACAGAGGUUCAGGUGGUUUCGUUACUCAGAAAUGGCUGGACCCAGAAAAGCCCUGAAUCACCUCUGGGAGCUCUGUGUUCAGUGGCUGAGACCAGACAUUCACACGAAAGAACAGAUUUUAGAGCUUUUGGUGUUUGAGCAAUUCCUGGCCAUUUUACCUGGGGAGAUCAGGAAUUGGGUAAAGUCACAACAUCCUGAGAGUAGUGAGAAGGUGGUGACCCUAGUAGAGGAUUUGACCCAAAUGCUUGAAGAAAAGGACGAUCCGAUCUCUCAAGAUAAUGCCAUUUCCCAAGAUGAGAACCCAGAAGAAGAUAAAAUGACUGUCGGCCUUCCAAGUGCUGAGGCCUCAGGAUCCAUGGCCUUCAAGGAUGUGGUUGUGAACUUUUCCAGAGGAGAGUGGAAGAGGCUGGAGCCUUUUCAAAAGGAGCUGUUUAUGGAAGUGCUGCUGGAGAACUUUAGGAACCUAGAAUUUCUGGGCUUACCAGUUUCCAAACUAGAAUUGAUUUCCCAGCUGAAGUGGGUUGUAAUGCCAUGGCUGCUGGAAAAAGAAGGCUCAAAAGGCUCCAGACCAGACUUAUCUCUGGAUACAAUAAUGGAGAGUUUAUUAAGGGAUGAUGAUUGUGACUUAAUGAUGGGAGAGUCCUCGGAGUGUCACAACAGAUUAGAAGAGGAUCAUAGGAGUCAGGAAUAUUCACAAGAAACAUUCACACAAAAGAAAACUCAAGAAAAAGUCAAUAAGGAUGAAGAAUUUGGUGGAAGCCUCAGUGUGAGGUCAGUCCUUACCCCCGAAAAAAGCCCCUUUGGAAAUAAUUCCAAACAAAAUUCGAACGUAAUUAAACAUCUGAGGGUCUACUUAAGGAAGAAAUCUCGGAGGUAUAAUGAAUGCAAGAAAUCCUUCAGUUUCCAUUCAGACCUUGUUCUGAACCGCAAAGAACAUAAUGGAGAAAAAACAUGGAAAUGCAGUGAAGGUGGAAAAGCCUUAAGUCACUCUUCAACUGUUAUUAGACGUCAGAAACAUAAGAAAAUUCAUUUGGGGGAUAAAUCCCAGAAAUGCAUUCACUGUGGUACAACCUUUAUUCAAAGCUCAUCCCUUAGUAAGAGAACUGAUGGAAAAAACUCCUCUACAUGUGAUAGAUGUUGGAAAGAUUUAUGUCAGGAUACAGCCUUGAAUAAAGAUGAGAAUACUAAGUCUGGAGAAGAAAACCAUAAAUGCAGUAAGUGUGGAAAAGCCUUUGACUAUAGUGCAUCAGUCACUAAACAUCCCAGAAUUCAUGCUGGGGAAAAACCCUCUAUGUGCAAUGAAUGUGGAAAAGCUGUCAGUAGCAGUUCGUCACUCACACCACACCACAGAACUCAUACUGGAAAGAAACCCUACAAAUGUGAUGAUUGUGGAAAAGCUUUCACCCUGAGUGCCCAUCUCAUUAAACAUCAGAGAAUUCAUACUGGAGAAAAACCCUACAAGUGUAAAGAUUGUGGGAGACCGUUCAGUGACAGUUCGUCUCUUGUUCAGCACCAGCGAAUUCAUACUGGAGAGAAGCCUUAUACAUGUAAUGAUUGUGGAAAAUCCUUCAGUCAUAGCUCAUCCCUUUCCAAACAUCAGAGGAUUCAUACUGGAGAGAAACCCUAUAAAUGUGGUGAAUGUGGAAAAACUUUUAGACAGGCUUCCUGCCUUACUCGACAUCAGAGAAUUCAUACUGGAGAAAAACCAUACUUAUGUAAUGAUUGCGGAAUGACCUUCAGCCAUUUUACAUCUGUUAUUUAUCAUCAAAGACUUCAUUCAGGAGAAAAACCCUACAAAUGUAGCCAGUGUGAGAAAGCCUUCCCUACCCAUUCACUUCUUAGUCGUCAUCAGAGAAUUCAUACUGGUGUAAAGCCUUAUAAAUGUAAAGAAUGUGGGAAAUCGUUCAGUCAGAGUUCAUCUCUUAAUGAACAUCAUCGAAUUCAUACUGGAGAGAAACCCUAUGAAUGUACCUAUUGUGGAGCAACCUUUAGUCGAAGCUCAGUCCUUGUAGAGCACCUAAAAAUUCACACUGGAAGGAGAGAGUAUGAAUGUAAAGAAUGUCGGAAGACGUUUAAAAGUAAUUCAGGCCUCAUCAGACAUCGAGGAUUUCACCCUGUAGAGUAAUUCUGGGAAUAUAAUAAAAGGGAACAUUUUAGCGAAAAUUGUCCCUUAUUAAAAACCUGAGAGUUAAACUACCACAGUAUUGAUUACUGGCUGUAACUGUGAUAGGUUGGGAGCUAGGAAAAAUAGUACUUUUCCCAUUCAUCCCCCUUGCAAAGAUGUUAACUGCUAGUAGAUAGUAACUAGAUUCGGUAAAGUCAUGUGAAAAAUGAGGAAAGUAGCUUGAGAUGUAAAAUGACUCUAAAAAGCCAAGCUUGAAUUUAACACCCAAGGUGUGGGUGGGGGGAAUUUGUGCACAGGACCACCUUACUAACCUUUGUUCUUCAGGGGAUUUUCCUCUAGCACCCCUUCCACUACCAUGUAGUGUAUUGGAAAGAACACUUGACUAGAAUCAGGUAACCUGGGUUCUGUCCUUACUUGCCAACCAAUUUGCUAUGUAAUCUUGGGCAGAUUAUUUAGCAUUUCUGAAUUUCAGUUCUUUAACAGUAGAAUGAAGAGGUUAGACUAAUGAAUUUUGUGUCUUCCUAGCUCAGAUAUUGUCCAAAGCUGUGAAAAUAAGUUAAUGAGUUUAGGUUAAUUGGAACUUUCAAGUUUCUCUAGUAGAGAAUUAUUCUCAUUUAGGUUGCUGGACUUCUGGCUUAGUGAGAUUACAGUAUAUUUUUUGAAUACUUGAUGCAGGAAUCUCUAGAAUACUGUAAAAUGGAAGAAGUCAGACUCAAACGAAUUUUCCUUCAGGUAAUGUUUUAACUGGAUAAAGACCCCAACCUCUUUUCCUCUGAUUGGCUGAGAUGGGGAAUUCAGAAGGCUUCUACUUGAGCCGUCUGAGCUGUGAGAGUAACAGUGCUAGGAAAAUAGAUGGGGGUGGCGAUAGGGUAGGGGUAGGGGUAAGGCAGUUGCUGAAAACAACUUUUCUGAUGGAUUCUCUCUUGCAAAAUAGAAUUUUAUUUUUUUAAACCACACAUUUGCCUGUAGCAAGUACAGAUCCUGGUAGUUGGAGUGUAAAUAUUCUGUAUGGCAAAGGUCAUGAGAUGUUGCCUCAAGAAUCAAGUAGAGACCUUAGACAUGUUUUAGUUGGUCUGCAUGGGUGGGUGUGUGUAGAAUUAGUUUUCACCAUUUGAAAAUUAGGAAAUUUCAUAUUUAAGAAAACCAGGGCUCAUUUUGAAAUAUUUUAAGAGCUGACAACACUGGGCUCAUAUUUCUAUAGUACAGUUAGCUGGUCUUGGGUAGCACCUGCCAUCUUUAGAUGGGGAAUGUACUCUUUUGCUUGCCAAAUUCUUUUAUGUGACAUGACUGGUCCAUGGUAGGAUUUGAUAUUAUGAUCCCCUCCCGUAUGGAGAAUAUAUAUCCAAAAUCUAAAGAGAACCCACUGAUAAAAAUAGCAAGUAAAAUUCAGGAAAAGAUGUAGAAGUGAUCUAGAAUAAGUUUCCAGCUGCGAAGUUAGACCUCAAAAGAGUGAAAUGUAUAGACAUAGGUGGAGUAUUCCUAAAUUUCAUUGGUGGAGCCUAAAUAAUAAUUUCUAACUGAGAAACAAACUAAAGACCCUGAAUGAACUCAGGACAUAGGGCUUGAAGAACCCUACUGGCUCAGCAAUGGUUCAAGAAUAAGAAGUCCCUGAAGUUGAGGUGAAAUGGACUUUACGGCACCUAAUCAGAAGCAACAAAGUUGAAAUAUGAGGCGGCUCCUGGAAAAGCACUGAAUCGGGAUACUCCAGGCUAUGGAAGUGAAGAGAGCCUUGUGCUGAUCUCAUACUCAGCAAUAUUUGCUGUGAUUUGACGGGCUUGGAUUUGCGAUGCUACCUCUGAAGAAAGUUUUUGGCUUCUUCGUUUUUCUUUCCCCUCCCCCUCAGAAGCAAAGCUUGCAGUUCACAUAGAUGCUGUGUGAUAAAUUGCUCUGCGUAGUUAUUGCUGAAUGGACCAAGCACAUUCUAGCCAUGAAAAGAAUAUGGCUUAUGAGGAUCAUUCAUUGUGGUUUAAAUUUUUUCUGGGGGAAAAAAAAAAAAACUUAUAAAAAUAAUUAAAUUUGUUAAGUUACUUCUCUUGAGGAAAGCUUUGUUCCAGACAUUUAGUUGGGCUGCUCAGCUUUUAUAAGAGAAUGUUUUAUUUCCAGCAUCUCCUGGAAAUCUGGAACAUAGUUGUUUUUUUUUUACAACUUUAUUGAGGUAUGAAUUACAUACCAUAAAAUUUAUUUCAAGUGUACAGUUCAGUGAGUUUGAAUAAAUAUACUGAGUUGUGUAGCCAUCGCCAUAAUCCAAAUUUGGAAUAUUUCAUCAACCCAGUGAGACUCCUCAUGCCCAUUUCCAGUUAAUCCCCAUCCCCAUCCCAGGCAACCACUAAUCAUUCUACUUUGUCUUUAUAGAGUUGCCUUUUUGAGAUACUUUAUAUAAAUGGGAUCAUACAGUAUGUGGUCUUUUGUAUUUAUCUUUCUUCAUUUAACAAUGUUUUUAUUGUUAAAUUAUUGAAUAAUAUUCCAUUGUGUGGAUAUACCAUAUUUUGUCCAUUCACCAGUCGAGGGAUAUUUGGGCUGUUUACAGUUUUAGGCUCUCUGGGUUUAUGAAUAAGGCUUCCUUUAACAUCAGUGUGCAAGUCUUUGGACAUAUGUUUUUAUUAUUCUUGGGUGGGUGCCUACAAGUGCAGUUGCUUUUUGUUUACAUUUUUAGGAAACUGCCAAAUUGUUUUCCACUAUGACUACACCAUUUUAUGUGCCCACCAGUAGCGUAUGAGGCCCUGUUUCUCCGCGUCCUCACCGGUACUUAUUGUCCGUCCUUUAGGUUAUAGCCAUCCUAGCAGAUGAAGGGGUAUCUUUUUAUCAUUUUAAUUGGAACUUCUUUAAUGACUAAUGAUAUUGAGCACCUUUUCAUGUGCUCUUUAGCCAUUCAUAUACCUUCUUUGAUGAAAUGUUUAUUCAAAUCUUUUGCCUAUUUAAAAAAUUGGGUUGUCCUAUUAUUGAGUUACAGUAAAAGCUGUGAAAGCUAGAACCUGUGUGAGGCAGAAACCUGUCACAGCAGGAGAAUGCAAAUAGUUUCCACUAACAGUGAUAGGAAAGUGGUGACUGCACCCUGUCAAAGGCGGAAAACUUGUAAGACCCGGAAAAAGAAGGCAGUCUUUUUGAGUUCUAUUGAGUUCUGGCUGUCACAGGCUUUACUAUAGUAUUCUUCGUAUAUCCUGAAUACAAGUCCUUUAUCCAGCAUGAAUUUUCUAACACCAUGUACUAGCCGCAGAGGGCAACCUCAAACCCUGCUGCACGCUAUAUAUCAAAAGCUUGGUUUCAAUAAUUAAUUUUGGGUGACUGGCCUGAAGAAUAUUUAAUCUUGCCCAUCACCUAAAUACUUAAAAUUCAUUUUUAGAUUAGUCCCAUCCUCAAAAGUUUUUACACUUCUUUUGUCUCCUUACAGAAUUGCAUUAGGCCAUUGGUUUACAUUAUGUAAUGCAUAUUAAGAUCAGCCUUAUGAAAUAUUUUACUUUAUAAUGAAGAUCUUGCUUUUAAAAAGGAGUCCUGGUAGCGCAGU